GUUUAGCAGCGUCUCGUUAACUAAAAGAUACAAAUAUUAGGCAAACUAGUCGCGUCGUACAUUAAACAUUGUUAAACAGCUAAACGGCCGACAUGCAAACAGUCAUUAAGAAUCCAAGCUGGUGGCGACGACGCACCAAGUUGGAGAGAAGCCUCCUGAUUGUCAGCAGCAUUCUGUUCGUGGUGGCAGCAGCCGUCUUGGGUCUUUGGCUGAACGAUGUUCUCAGGUCGAGGGGCAACAACAUGGGAACGGACGGGGGCGAGAGCCCAAAAGCCACGGCCUUGCAUGGGGAUACCACCAGCAUGAACCAGGUGCCGGUGGCUCCGGUCAAGGGAAAGUCGGAGAUGGAUAAUGCCUGCCUCAGCCGGGAGUGCAUCCACACGGCCUCGACUGUGCUGCGGAAGAUGAAGCCCGAGGUGGAGCCGUGUGACAACUUCUACGAGUUCGCCUGCGGCACCUACAUCGAGGAGGAGAACAUACCCGAUGACAAGGUGGCCAUCAGCACGUUCUCUGUCAUUUCGGACAAGCUGCAGGAGCAGCUGAAGGACAUCAUCACCGCGGACCGCCCGGACACGGAGCCCAAGCACUUCCGUCUGCCCAAUCUGUUGUACAAGGCGUGCAUGAACAAGACUCUCAUCGAGUCUCGGGGCGCUGAACCCAUCACCAGGAUGGCCGAGUCCCUGGGCGGUUGGCCACUGCUGAAGGGCGAGGCCUGGAACGCGGAUAACACCUGGAGCUGGCAGGAGCAGGUCAAGAAAUUCCGAAACGCCGGCUUCAGCAUGGACUACAUCAUUGACUUUUCCAUCGGAGUGGAUCUUCAGAACAGCACAAAGCGAUUGAUAGAUCUUGAUCAGUCAGCGCUGGCCCUCAGUCGCGAGUAUCUGGUCAAGGGAUUCAAUGAGACCUUGGUUACGGCCUACUACGAGUAUAUGGUGGACAUUGCUGUGCUUUUCGGCGCCAAAAAAGACCAGGCCAAGAAGGAGCUGCUGCAGUCUCUCGAGUUUGAAAUGGCGCUGGCAAAUAUCUCGUGGCCGAACGAGAAGCGUCGCAACUCCUCGGAGCUGUACAAUCUGCGCAGUCCGCAGCAGCUUCAGGCCGCCUAUCCCUAUGUCCAGUGGGUGGACUACAUGAAUGCCCUGCUGCCCGAGGGUCUCAGCAUGGCCGACGACGAGAUGAUCAAUCUGUCCGUGCCCAGUUUCUUCGAGGACCUCGGCAAGCUUUUGGCCAAGACGCCCCAGCGGGACAUUGCGAACUACAUGUUCUGGCGCAUCCACUCCUUCUCGAUCGGAUUCCUCAGCGAGGAGUUCCGCAAGAGGCAGCUGCAGUAUGCCACAGCCCUGUCCGGACGCCAGGAGCAGGAGGCGCGCUGGAAGGAGUGUGUCGACAUCGCCACUGACAGCAUGGAUGAAGAAGAAGAAGAUAACGAUAGCCUGGGAAUAUCGGUCGGCUCGCUCUACGUGCGCAAGCACUUCAACCAGGACUCGAAGGCGAAUGCCUUGGACAUGGUCAACGACAUUAGGGCUGUCUUCAACGACAUUCUGGACGAGGUCAACUGGAUGGAUACCAAGACCAAGAAGGAGGCUAAGCUGAAGCUCCACAGCAUGGCCACGCACAUCGGCUAUCCAGACGAGAUGCUCGACAAUGAAAAACUGGCCAAGUACUACGCUAAGCUGGACAUCGAUCCCGACAAAUACUUCGAGUCCUUCCUGGGCAUGAACAUCUUCGGCACCGAUUACUCAUUCAACAAGCUGCGUCUCCCCGUCAACAAAACGGAUUGGGUGCGUCACGCCCGUCCAGCCAUCGUGAAUGCCUUCUAUUCGUCCCUGGAGAACAGCAUACAGUUCCCCGCGGGAAUACUCCAGGGUCACUUCUUCAAUGCCCAGCGUCCCAAAUACAUGAAUUUCGGAGCCAUUGGCUACGUGAUUGGCCACGAGAUCACCCACGGCUUCGACGAUCAGGGUCGCCAGUUCGAUGUCAAGGGAAAUCUGCGCGACUGGUGGCAGCCGGACACCCAAAAGGCCUACCUCUCCAAGGCCCAGUGCAUAAUUGAUCAGUACGGCAACUACACGGAACGUGCCACAGGUCUCCAUUUGAAUGGCAUCAAUACGCAGGGUGAGAACAUUGCCGACAAUGGCGGUGUGAAGGAGUCGUACAUUGCUUACCAGCGAUGGGUGCAGAAGCACGGAGAGGAGCCCAAGCUGCCCGGCCUGGACUAUACCCCGCAGCAAAUGUUCUGGAUCUCAGCCGGCCAGACCUGGUGUGCCAAAUAUCGUAAAGAAUCUCUCAAGAUGCGCAUCACCACCGGCGUGCAUUCGCCAUCCGAGUUCCGUGUCCUGGGCUCGCUCAGCAACAUGAAGGACUUUGCCAAGGACUUCCAGUGUCCCGAAGGAUCCCCCAUGAAUCCAGUUCAAAAGUGUGAAGUGUGGUAGAACAGUCGGUCACCAGCUGUUGUUGAUUUGGUGGCAAUUAGCCAAUAGAAAGGCCCGCAUAUAGAAGGGCUAAUCUCACGUAGAAAUACAAAUACAAAGCGUAUUAAUACACAACACAAAUGUGUGCAUUAUGUAAAAACUUAUUUAAUAAAAUUUGUUUGUAUGUAAACAAGGUC